GCGCUCUGUUUCGCCUCUGCCUCCUCCUCCGCCUCCUCCUCUUUCUGGGUGCGGAACACCGCCGCUGAGGCGAGCGAGCGAGCGAGCGAACGAGCGGGAGAAGGGGCGAGAGCCGAACAGGGCAUGAAGAUGGCGGACGCCAAGCAGAAACGGAACGAGCAGCUGAAGCGCUGGAUCGGCUCCGAGACCGACCAGGAGCCGCCCGUGGUCAAGCGCAAGAAGACCAAGGUGAAGUUCGACGACGGCGCCGUCUUCCUGGCCGCUUGCUCGAGCGGCGACACCGAGGAAGUGCUGCGGCUGCUGGAGCGCGGCGCCGACAUCAACUACGCCAAUGUGGACGGACUCACCGCGCUGCACCAGGCUUGCAUAGAUGAUAACAUAGAUAUGGUGAAAUUUCUGGUGGAAAAUGGAGCCAGUAUUAAUCAACCAGAUAAUGAAGGCUGGAUACCUCUACAUGCAGCUUCUUCCUGUGGAUAUCUUGAUAUUGCAGAAUAUUUAAUUAGUCAAGGAGCACAUGUAGGAGCAGUUAAUAGUGAAGGAGACACUCCAUUGGAUAUUGCUGAGGAAGAAGCAAUGGAGGAAUUACUUCAAAAUGAAGUGAAUCGACAAGGGGUCGAUAUAGAGGCAGCUAGGAAAGAAGAAGAACGGAUAAUGCUUAGAGAUGCAAGACAGUGGCUUAACAGCGGUCAUAUAAAUGAUGUUCGGCAUGCAAAAUCUGGUGGUACAGCUCUUCAUGUAGCUGCUGCUAAGGGAUAUACAGAAGUCUUAAAACUUUUAAUACAGGCUGGCUAUGAUGUAAAUAUUAAAGAUUAUGAUGGCUGGACACCACUUCAUGCAGCUGCUCACUGGGGUAAAGAAGAAGCAUGUCGAAUAUUAGUGGAAAACUUGUGUGAUAUGGAGGCUGUCAACAAAGUGGGCCAGACAGCAUUUGAUGUAGCAGAUGAAGAUAUUUUAGGGUAUUUGGAAGAGCUACAAAAGAAACAAAAUAUGCUCCAUAGUGAAAAAAAGGAAAAGAAAUCACCCUUAAUUGAAUCUACAGCUAAUAUGGACAAUAAUCAGCCUCAAAAGACAUUUAAAAAUAAAGAGACAUUGAUCAUUGAGCAAGACAAGAAUGCAUCAAACAUAGAGUCUCUAGAACAAGAAAAAGCUGAUGAAGAGGAAGAAGGAAAGAAAGAUGAGUCCAGUUGCUCUAGUGAAGAAGAUGAAGAAGACGACUCAGAAUCUGAAGCAGAAACAGAAAAGAACAAACCUACAACAAAUAAUUCAAAUACGACCAAUGUGCAAUCUUCUCCUAUAGCUGUGACAACACCAUCAGUUACUACUGGUCAAGUGGCACCAACCUCCCCUAUUAAGAAGUAUGACUUUCUUCCUACUGUCAUGCCUGUGGUGGACUCUGUAGAUCCUGCAUCAUGGAGGCAGGGCUUACGUAAAACUGGCAUUGUUCUUGUGCCCAGUAAAGGUGAAAAAUCUCUGUUCCCAACUUCAACUAAGGUUUCUGCCAAAGAAGAAGAGAGAAAAGAUGAGUCUCCUGCUUCUUGGAGAUUAGGUCUUCGAAAGACUGGCAGUUAUGGGGCACUGGCAGAGAUUACAGCUAGCAAAGAAACUCAGAAAGAAAAGGAUUCAACAGGAGUUAUGCGUUCAGCUUCAAGCCCUAGAUUGUCUUCUUCAUUAGACAACAAAGACAAGGAGAAAGAUACGAAAGCUACUAGACUUGCAUAUGUUGCACCUACAAUACCAAGGCGGCUGGCCAGUACAUCUGACAUUGAAGAAAAAGAAAACAGGGAUACAUCUGCUAGUUUAAUACGUGGAAGUGGUUCUUAUACAAGAAGAAAAUGGGAAGAAGAUUCAAAGAAAAGUAGUAUUUCAAAUGAAGGAUCUUCACAACUAAACACAAACUAUCAACGAAGUGGUUCCUUUGGUAGAAGACAAGAUGACUUGAUUAGUUCUAGUGUUCCAAGUAUUACAUCAGUAUCAACAGUUACCUCCCCAGCUGGUCUUCAAAAAAGCCUGCUUUCUAGCACAAGCGCUGCUACAAAGGUUACAACAGGUUCGGCAACAGCAGGCAUUCAAAGCAGUACCUCAAAUCGUUUAUGGGCUGAGGAUAGUACUGAGAGAGACAAAGACAAUGUUCCUACAGCAGUGACCGUUCCUGUUGCACCAUCAGUUGUAAAUCCUGCAACUACUAUCACAGCCUUGACUACAACUACUUCUGGCACUGUGUCCUCAACUUCAGAGGUCAGGGAGAGACGCAGGUCAUACCUCACUCCAGUUCGGGAUGAAGAGUCUGAAUCCCAAAGAAAAGCUAGAUCAAGGCAAGCAAGACAGUCUAGAAGAUCUACACAGGGUGUUACACUGACGGAUCUGCAAGAAGCUGAAAAAACUAUUGGUAGAAGUCGUGCUACACGAACUCGAGAACAAGAGAAUGAAGAAAAAGAAAAGGAAGAAAAAGAAAAACAAGACAAAGAAAAACAGGAGGAAAAGAAGGAAUUUGAAACUAAAGACGAUGAUUAUAGGCAAAGAUAUACACGAAUAGAAGAGCCAUAUCAUCGCUAUAGACCUACAUCUUCAACUACUUCAUCAACUUCUUCAGUUGCCACGUCUACUAGUUCUUCAAGCCAAUUAAAUAGACCAAACAGCAUUAUAGGUAUAACUUCUGCAUAUUCCAGAAGUGGAGCAAAGGAAAAUGAGAGAGAAACAGGGAAGAAAGAAGAAGAAAAGGAAGAAGAUAAGUCACAGACAAAAUCAAUAAGGGAUAGACGACGGCCAAGAGAAAAACGAAGACUUACAGGAGUUUCUACUUGGACUCAAGAUGGUGAUGAAAAUGAGCAGGAACACCUGUCUGAUUCAGAAGAAGGCACAAAUAAAAAGGAAGCGCAGAGUGAUAGUCUUUCAAGAUAUGAUACAGGAUCAUCAGGAGAUCGUUACGAUUCAUUACUAGGACGGACUGGAUACAGUUACUUGGAAGACCGCAAAUCAUAUUCCAGCAAGCUAGAAAAAGAAGAUACAACAGAUUUUAAAAAGCUUUAUGAACAGAUUGUAGCUGAAAAUGAAAAACUGAAAGCACAGUUACAUGAUACCAACAUGGAGCUGACAGAUCUUAAGCUACAGCUGGAAAAGGCAACUCAGAGGCAGGAAAGAUUUGCUGACAGGUCUCUGCUAGAAAUGGAAAAAAGGGAAAGAAGAGCUCUAGAAAGGCGAAUAUCUGAAAUGGAAGAGGAACUCAAAUUGUCCUCACCUGUGAUACCUUUUCAACAUGCCACAAUUGCAUUUCUCUCAUGUUGGUUCCUGUUUCUUUGAUUCCUGCAGAAACCAUACCAAAUGCUACCAGAUCUGAAGGCCGAUAACCAGAGGCUAAAAGAUGAAAAUGGGGCCUUGAUCAGAGUUAUCAGCAAGCUUUCCAAAUAAGAUUGUUUACUCCAGCUGCAAAUCAUGGGAUUGCACAUAAUUAGUAACUCCAGUGGACCAUAGCAUGGAAGUCACUGGGAAGCCUGGGAAGAUUUCUUGGGACUUGUCAUUUUCAGAUGUUCUGCCAAAUGCCCUCUUACCUGGGUUUGUUUUUUUUAAAAAAAAAAAACAAGAUCAUUGUUUCAUGUGUUAAAGCAGCUGCUGAGAAGACAUAAUGACGGAGAAAUCUUGUUUACAGCUACCACAUAUAAGGAAAGUAUUCAAGGCCAGAUAAGCCUCAGAUAUUUAACCAGUAAGCCUUAGUUGUACAUAAACACAUGCAUCAAAAAGCUUUCUGCUAUCACAGACAGUUACUUUAUUUUGUUGUUGUGUCACGAUUCCUUUUUUCUAUCCUGCCAUUUUUUUUUCUUUUCUGUCUGAGUUUGGAUUUCUGUGUGUUCCCUUCUAAUUAUUCAUGUACCAGAUUUAUUCUCUUGUACAGUAUUUUCACAGCUUUACAUUUACAGAAACCACAUACCCUUUAAAAAUACAUGUAGUUAACUAAACCUGUAUUUUCCAGCCAGCCACCCCAAAACAGAAAAGUUUUGUGAAAACUUUGCUUUCACUGUUGUGCAAUAUGCAUUUAUUUCUUAUAAAAAGAUGCUUUAAAAGUCAGUUGAAAGUAGAUUAUUUUAAAACUCCUGUCUUCUGCCUUUAUUUACUUUUUAAAAGAAAAGAAAAAGGGUUGUAGUGCAAGAUAUUAAAUCCUGUAACCUUCACGUUCUUUUUAGCAGGUACUGAGUGAUGCUGUAUAUAUUAAUGUAUAUUGUUUGGAUUUUUCAGUCCCACAUGAAAUGCUUGAAUAUAUUUCCCUACUGCAAAUAUGCGUUACAGCAAAUUAGGCUGCUCCAAAUUAAUGAUUAACGAAGUCCAUUUUUAUGGUUUAAAUUUAGAAAUUGUAUUUUGUAUGGAGCCACUCUUUACAAAAUGUCUAAACUGUAAAGAAAUCUUUUCUUUUUUAUUUGAGUAGUGUUCACCCAUAAUAAAACUCAAGUAUAACUUCUUCACUAAAUUUCACAUAUCUGUAUUUGAGUGCUGUCCAAAACUGUUGUGCUAGCCAAAGUAAUCUUUAAAUCAUUUGAAAGCCCUAACCAAACCUGUUACUCAUACAUGCACUACUAUUGCCAUGUGAAGAGGCAUCUGAAUUGAUAAAACCGUUAUGUCAGACCAUUUUAUGCAUUUCAGUGGCCUUUUAAAAAGUACUUCAGUGAAGAUAGCUUUUGUUAGAAAACAAACAGCUUUUAUAUUUUCACUAAAACCUACUAAAUACAACCAUCUUACUGGCCUACGGACUAUUGCCUAAAAACCACUGAACAGUUCAGCCAUUAAAAUAAAUUGUACAUUGUAAAGCUUGUAGUAGCUAUUGUAUUAUUGAUUAUAUUGUAUACUAUAUUAAAUGUGAAUUUGUACCCCUUCAUUUUAAAAGGUCAUUCUGUUCUACUGCCUACUUCUUGGGAUGGGACUGCUUCAUUUUAGGGUUGGGGAAGGAGAAGGAUUAGAUGGGGUAAAGAGAAAACAAAUCUCCUUUGUGGGGUUGGGGGCUGGGGGGCAGUUUUUUGAAGAUGUAAGGUUUUGCUCUUACUACCAAGCUCAGGAUUCUUGAUUCUAAAGGUACAAGGAUAUUUCUGGGAUAUCUUGUUACAGUAGGUCUGCAUGAGUCAUAUGUUUGAAGAUGGACAUCUUUCAUGCUCUUAAGCUAAUACAAAACCAAGCAGAGAAUUGAUCCAUCUGAGUGAUUGCAACACACUGUGUUGUGGAAGGUUAGGCAUACUGUGGAUUAUAUUUGGUAAAGUUUUGGAUGCCUGUGAAUGAUUAAAUGUGUAUCUAAUAUUUUAGUGUUUUAUAUAUAGGUUAUUUAUUCUUUAAAAACUGGCUACUGUGUUGCAUUGAUUUUAUUGGUAGUAUUGAGCAGACCUUGCAUCUGCAUGAAACUACUUGCAAAACCCACUAUUUUGCAAAAAAAAUGUAUUUUGACAUAUACAAAUAAAAUGAAUAAAACUAUUUUAAAUGUGUGAAUUUUACUGAAAAUACAUUUUAAACAUGAGUUUGGUAUUUAACUUCUUUGUGGGCAUUUUUUUCCAUUGCUUCACUUGGAUGCAAAGUACUUUUCAGAGAUUGUAAUCAAAUUGUGUUUGUUUGCACAUGUGUAAAUGCAACAGUAAAAAUGCCAUAUUUAUGCAAUCUGUAACAAAUUGAAAAAUGUUUAUAUAUUUUACAUAAACCUGUCUGCAUGCAGAAACAUGGGAA